AUGGCCUGGCUGGGAAACCAGACGCUCAUCUCCCACUUUAUCCUCCUGGGCCUCUUCACGCACUCACCACUGCACUUCUUCCUCUUCUCCAUCAUCAUGGUGAUGUUUCUGGUGGCCCUCUCUGGCAAUGGGCUCAUGAUCCUCAUUAUCAAUGUGGACUCACGCCUGCACAGUCCUAUGUACUUCUUCCUCAGCUGGCUGUCCCUCAUGGAUCUCAUGCUCAUCUCCACCAUUGUGCCACGGAUGGCUGUUGACUUCCUCCUGGGCAGUGGUUCCAUCUCCUUCACUGGCUGUGGGCUCCAGAUCCUCUUUUUUCUCACCCUCUUGGGAGAUGAGUGCUUCUUGCUGGCCUUCAUGGCCUAUGACCGUUACGUGGCCAUUAGCAACCCCCUGAGAUACUCAGUGGUCAUGAGUCGCCAUGUCUGCUGGCUCAUGGUGGCAGGGUCCUGGCUGUUUGGCUUGGUGGAUGGGCUGAUCCAGGCAGUCUUCACCCUGCGCUUCCCCUAUUGUGGCUCCCAGGAGAUCGACCACUUCUUCUGUGAGGUUCCUGCUGUGCUCAAGCUGGCCUGUGCUGAUACCUCCCUCUAUGAGACCAUGAUCUAUGUCUGCUGUGUCCUCAUGCUGCUCCUACCCUUCUCUGUCAUCUCCGCCUCCUACCUGAAGAUCCUGGUGGUUGUGCUCCACAUGCGUUCUGCUGAAGGCAGGCAAAAGGCCUUUGCUACCUGCUCCUCCCACAUGGCUGUGGUCUCCCUCUUCUAUGGGGCUGCCAUGAUCACCUAUAUGCGGCCCCAGGCCUACCACUCCUCCAAGCAGGACAAAGUGGUCUCAGCCUUCUAUACCAUGAUCACCCCCAUGCUCAACCCACUCAUCUAUAGUCUGAGGAACAAGGAGGUGACUGGGGCUCUUAGAAAGCUCCUGGGGAGGUGA